GGCUGGUUGGCUUGUUCCACCGGGGUUCCGUGUCGCGGUGGUCGUAGCGUUGUUCGCGGUUAUGCCAGUGGUGUAAGUUUGGACUGGAUUAUCUCGAAAAAGAACUGCGAAGGUUUGGACUCCCUUCUUAACCAGGUAAAAGAUGGGAGUUCCAGCCUUCUUUAGAUGGCUGAGUAGAAAGUAUCCAUCCAUAGUUGCCCACUGCGUUGAAGAAAAGCCUCAAGUUGUCGAUGGCGUCAAGAUCCCUGUGGACACGACGAAGCCGAAUCCAAACGAUGUGGAAUUCGACAAUUUAUAUCUGGACAUGAACGGCAUUAUACACCCCUGCUGUCAUCCGGAAAACAAGCCUGCCCCUAAAAAUGAAGAUGAGAUGAUGGUGGCCAUCUUUGAAUACAUUGACCGCAUCUUCAGCGUUGUCCGGCCUCGGCGCCUGCUUUACAUGGCCAUUGACGGAGUGGCUCCACGGGCCAAGAUGAACCAGCAACGCUCUCGACGUUUCCGGGCCUCCAAGGAGUCCGCAGAGAAGGUUGAGGAGAUGAGCCGCAUUCGCGCGGAGCUGAGGGACCGGGGACUGCCUCUGCCGCCUGAGAAGGACAAGAGCGAGCACUUUGACAGCAACUGCAUUACGCCGGGAACGCCGUUCAUGGAUCGCCUGGCGAAGUGCCUGCACUACUACAUCCAUGACCGGCUCAACAAUGACCCUGGCUGGAAGAACAUUCAGGUCAUCCUCUCUGACGCCAACGUGCCUGGAGAGGGCGAGCAUAAGAUCAUGGACUUCAUUCGAAGGCAAAGAGCUAACCCCAAGCAUGACCCAAACACGCAUCACUGUCUCUGUGGAGCUGAUGCCGACCUGAUUAUGUUGGGGCUGGCCACCCACGAACCAAACUUCACCAUCAUUCGUGAAGAAUUCAAGCCGAAUCAGCCCAGGCCGUGUGAGCUCUGCGGACAGCUUGGACACGAAAUGAAGGACUGCCAAGGUCUGCCCAAGGAGAAGACAGGCGAGUUCGACGAGCUGGAAAAGCCCAUUGGUGCAGAGACAGAGUUCAUCUUUCUUCGCCUGAAUGUCUUGCACGAGUACCUGGAGCGCGAGUUACGGAUGGACAAUCUCCCGUUCGAAUUUAACAUUGAGAGAGCCAUCGAUGACUGGGUGUUCAUGUGCUUCUUCGUUGGCAACGACUUUCUUCCCCAUCUUCCAUCUUUAGAAAUCAGAGAAGGUGCCAUUGACAGACUGGUCAACUUGUACAAGAAAGCUGUGUACAGAACUGGGGGCUACUUAACAGAAAACGGCUUCGUCUCCUUGAACAGAGUGCAGCUGAUCAUGUCGGAGCUUGGAGAAGCGGAAGAUGAAAUCUUCAAACGCCGUCAACAGAAUGAGCUCAACUACAAGCGCCGCGAGAAGGAGAAGAAAAGGAGGAUGAAAAUGGAGGCUGAAUCCGAGGCGAGGCCUGCAUGGACACCAGGUGGACAGUUUGCCCCAGUUGCUGUCGGGCAGCACGUUGCGCCUGUGCAAAACGCCAGGCAAGAGGCCCACGACAUGCGCCGACAAGGAAUGGAGCAUCGCAGGAACCUCAGUGACGGUGGAGGGUCCAACGCCAACGGUCGUCUCGAAUCUAUGCUCAAACCUGCCCACAGUGACAGUGACGUCCGUGGGGAGAAGCGUAGGCAUGAAGACACUUCGGAUGAAGAGGAAGAGCCCCAUGAUGAAGUGCGCCUUUGGGAGGACGGCUGGAGGGAGCGCUACUACGUGUCCAAGUUUGACAUUGGGCCCGACAAUAUAGCCUUUCGUCAUGACGUGGCUUCCGCCUACGUUGAAGGCCUCUGCUGGGUUCUUCGCUAUUACUACCAGGGCUGUGCAUCCUGGAAGUGGUUUUUCCCGUACCAUUACGCCCCAUUUGCGUCUGACUUUAUUAACGUUGGUGACCUCAAUAUCGAGUUUGAACGAGGAACCCAGCCCUUCAAGCCCAUGGAACAGCUGAUGAGUGUGUUCCCAGCCGCCAGCAAGCAGCACCUGCCCCUGCCGUGGGCUGAUCUCAUGGAUGACCCGGACUCACCCAUCAUUGACUUCUAUCCUACUGACUUUAAGAUUGACCUGAACGGCAAGAAGUACGCCUGGCAAGGUGUGGCAUUGCUACCCUUCGUGGAUGAGAAGCGACUGCUCGAGACUGUGCAGACUGUCUAUCCACAUCUCACUGAAGACGAGAGGAAGCGCAACACGAGAGGGGACGACGUCUUCUACGUGCGCAAGGGCCAUCGCGGCUACAGCUAUCUUCUUGGCCUUUAUGAAGCCUGCAAGGACUAUAACAUGGAGUUUGACCUGGAACCGAAGUACUUCAGUGGAAUUGGCGGGAAAAUUUUGCUGAGCCACAAUGCUGUUGGACCAGGAGACGACGUGCGAUCAGUCAUUCCAGGCUUGGAGGACAUCCCAGGCAACAUGGUUGUCUGCGUUCGCUUCAGGGAUCCAAAGUAUGCAGACGACUUUGUCUUCCCGGCUGUGCGCCUCCCGGGAGCAACGGAACCACAGCGCGUGCUUAAACCGGGGGACCUCUCUCAAGAGGAAAGCCGCAACUGGCGUCCGCAAAUCGGCAUGGCUCCGAGGAGACAUAUCGCAUCACUGAGCGACUCCGGGCGUCGCAUGAUUGGGCAUGCAGUUGCGUCCAUGGGACCCUACAGUCAAGUGGCGCCACCUGCAUAUCAAAACAGAAAUGACAGGCAGUCAUGGGGACAGGGAGCAUCUGGUAGAGGUGGUUACCGGCAAGAUUCCUCGCCCGGCAGCAGACACCUUUGGAGUGCAAGUGGAGAUGGUUACCACCGGCAGCACUCCAGCGGAUGGAUACCAGGGUGGAGGAGGAGGAGGGGGCAACUGGUCCAACAGAAACCAGGGCGGAGGACCCAUGCGUGCUGGUCCUGGCACCGGUUGGGGUCAGUCGUCUUCACCACACAUUCCCCGCUCCUUACCGCCAGCCACCCCAGGAGCGCGGCUAUGGCGGCCAGCAGCAGCACGGCCAGCGGCAUCACCCGUACGGUGGCAGUCGCCAGCAGAUGCCACCCCCUUCGUCACGACAGCAAGGUGGAUACCAGCAGCAGCAGCGUCAUCAACGCCACCCCACCUGGUAGAAAGUUCGGACCUGCCAUUUCACGCCAUCAUGCUCAUUCGAUCAAGUCUGUGUACAUCAAUAAAGCGUCACGACAUGCUCGUUUUAACAUGAGAAACUCAGAUCGCACGUGGUUGCCCUUUGUUGUGGUCAGGCUUGGCAUUGAGUACUGUCACGUGGUCAUCACAGUGAAGAAGAUGGCACUCGGGUCGUUGGCAUUGUCCCGUUUACUGCGAGGACAUUGUUGGUCAUAUAUGUGGAUGUAGACGUGCAAUGUAACCGCGUUGUUAUUUAAGUUGUAGAGCAUUCUUCUCGAGAUUGGGACGUACAUGUUUCAAUUCCCAGUGCUGUCGUGUACUCACUGGCUUUUACAGCGUUAGAUGUUUAAGUUCACUAG